CGCCUCCUUCUCUUCCGUCUUAUUUUAUUUUAUUUUAAAAUUUUUUCAAAUUAAAAAAUAAAGUCUCCUUCUCUCUCUCUCUCUCUCUCUCGUUGGAGCUUACAGUACUGUUUUCGUGUUCAUCUAGUUUUGCUCUGCUUUUUGGUCAUUUUUUAUUAUUAUUUUAGGAACUAUUUCAUUAUUAUUUUAUACAACAGUUUAAAGCUGCAACGGAAUCGCCCUAUACAGGAAGUGUGUGCGCAGGAUAAGAGCAUGCACACAGUCUUCCCGGUUUCAAAGCAAAGAAAGACAGAGAGAGAGAGAGAGAGAGAGAGCAAGUCUUUUCUUGAAGAUAGAGAAGGGAGAGCGAGUUGAGGGACUUUCUGUUUUGUUGAUUGAGAGAGAGAGAGAGUAGCGAAGGAAUCAGUAUUAUUAUGAGUGGGUUCAUCGAAAGGUCGGUUUCUUUUGGAAGAUAAAAACAAGUACUCGAUUAUUACACAGAGGCCACUCAUGCUUCGGUCCGCGUGCUUUGAUGCAAUAUAGUUGUGUCAAAGCCCCACCUUAAAAAAGAUUUUUCGCAGUGCCUUUUUGCAGGUUUUGUUCCUUCGUUUUGGUUGGAUUCUGGAGGGUUGGAAGUGGGGCUCUGCUUUUUUGCUCCCCCCGAUUGGAUUCUUUUUUUUUUUUUUUUUUUUUUUUCGGAGAAUAUGGAAUUUGGAAACUUGGGUCUGCUGCUGUAAAUUUCCCAUUUCCCUGAACAAAAAAAUAUGCAAUUUCCGGAUGUGGGUCAGCUCGAUUCUUGGGUUUUUAUUAUCAUGUGAAUAAUGAGAAGUUUCUUUGUUUGGGUUAUGGGGAAUAUUGCUAUUCAGCUUCUGGUUUUGGCUUUGAAGAUGUGAAACAAAUGGGUCCUUGUGGUUGAAAGUACAUACAUGAUAUGAUGGGUUCUGGUGUUGAGGAAAACAUCAAAACUGGAGGUUUGGUUACUGCUGGACCUCCAACUAAUCUCCUUGAGGACAUGAAGUUAUUGAAAGAAAUGCAGGAUCAGUCUGGCUCCCGGAAGGCCAUAAAUUCAGAGUUAUGGCACGCCUGCGCCGGCCCGCUUGUUUGUUUACCUCAGGUUGGAAGUCUUGUCUAUUACUUUCCUCAAGGACAUAGCGAGCAGGUAGCAGUUUCCACUAAAAGGACAGCAACCUCGCAAAUUCCCAACUAUCCAAAUCUCCCUUCUCAGUUGUUGUGCCAAGUUCAAAAUGUUACGUUGCAUGCAGACAAAGAUACGGAUGAAAUAUAUGCUCAAAUGAGUCUUCAACCAGUGAACUCUGAAAAAGAUGUAUUCCCUGUACCAGACUUUGGACUAAAGCCCAGCAAACAUCCAAGCGAAUUUUUCUGCAAAACUUUGACUGCAAGUGAUACAAGCACACAUGGUGGAUUCUCAGUGCCGCGUAGGGCAGCUGAAAAACUCUUUCCACAGCUGGAUUACACUAUGCAACCACCAACCCAAGAACUUGUUGUCCGAGACUUGCAUGACAAUACCUGGACAUUUCGUCAUAUAUACCGAGGGCAGCCAAAGCGGCACCUUCUCACAACUGGUUGGAGUCUAUUUGUUGGAGCAAAGAGGCUUAGAGCCGGUGAUUCUGUUUUAUUUAUCAGGGAUGAGAAAUCACAACUUAUGGUCGGUGUGAGGCGUGCAAAUCGUCAGCAGACAACAUUGCCAUCAUCAGUUCUAUCUGCUGAUAGCAUGCACAUUGGUGUCCUUGCUGCUGCUGCUCAUGCUGCUGCUAAUCGAAGUCCAUUUACUAUAUUCUACAAUCCAAGGGCAUGUCCUUCAGAAUUUGUCAUUCCUUUGGCCAGACAUCGGAAAGCUGUCUAUGGAACCCAACUCUCUGUUGGCAUGAGGUUUGGAAUGAUGUUUGAGACAGAGGAGUCGGGUAAGCGCAGAUAUAUGGGUACUAUAAUUGGUAUUAGUGACUUAGAUCCAUUGAGAUGGCCCGGAUCAAAAUGGCGAAAUCUUCAGGUAGAGUGGGAUGAACCAGGAUGUUGUGAUAAACAGAACAGGGUUAGUUCUUGGGAAAUCGAAACACCGGAAAGUCUUUUUAUUUUUCCAUCUCUGACUUCAAGUCUUAAACGACCACUACACCCUGGAUAUUUGGAAUCUGAAUGGGGAAAUUUAAUAAAAAGACCUUUUAUCCGGGUUCCUGAAAAUGGAAAUGGGGAUCUUCCAUACUCAAUUUCAAAUCUAUGUUCAGAGCAGCUGAUCAAGAUGCUACUCAAACCGCAACUUGUUAAUUAUCCUGGAACAUUAUCUUCUUUGCAUCAAGAAUCAGCCGCUAAGGUAGAUCCUUUACAAGAUGUAAAGAACAUGCAGACAGCCACCCAAAAACAUCCUGUUUUACUUUCUGAAAGCACACUUCUUCAGAGCCAAAUCCAUCCUUCAUCAUCUGUUGAUCAAUCUGGUGCCCCAAAUUCAUCAUCAAAUACAGCUAUACCAGGAAAUAUAAACUCUAUAUCCAAAGUUGAAAAUCCAACGCCUGUGGGAAACAAUGCUGCAAAGACAAAAAUAGAAACUGAGAUUUCAACUGAGCAGUUAUGCCAGUUGACUUCUGCAGGACAGAGCAGCAUGGAAAAACUUGCUUCAGGGCUUUUGAAUCCUCAGAACCUAGUGAACCAGCUGACAUUCCUAAACCAGAACCAGAGUCCAGUACAAUUGCAAAAUAGUUCAUGGACCAUGCACCCAGAGACGCUGCUCUAUCACUCUCAAGUACAAAAUGAAAUAAAUCAAUCUGAUUUCCCAAGCACAAAUGGCUCACUUCCAUCCCUUGAUGCUGAUGAAUGCAAUAUGUUUUACUCUUCUUGCCAACCCUUUGCUGGAACGCUUAGGUCGCCGGGGCCUUUAUCUGUUUUCGGAAUGCAAGAUCCUACAUUUGUUUUUCCUGAAGCAAAUAAUUAUUCUCUUCCUUCGAUGGGUCAGGAUUUGUGGGAUAAUAACCUUAGGUUUUUACCACAAGUAGAGCAGCUCACUUCAUUCCCUCAACAAGACCCAUGCAAUCUUAAUUGUGUAUCUUCUUAUUCGGGCAAUCUGAAAGAUUUGUCAGACGAGAGCAAUAAUCAAAGUGGGACGUAUAGUUCUCACAAUGUAGAUGUUGGUGGUGGAAGUUGUGUGGUUGACCCGUCUGUUUCUAGCACCAUUCUAGACGAGCUUUCCCCACUAAAGAAUGCAGAUUUCCAGAACCCUUCAGAUUGCUUAGUAGGAAACUUUAGCUCUAGCCAAGAUGUUCAGUCUCAGAUUACCUCUACAAGCCUAGGAGGAGACUCCCAGGCUCUUUCCCGACAAGACCUUCCUGACAAUUCGGGCGGUACGUCUUCAAGCAAUGUUGAUGUUGAUGAGAGCAGUCUUCUUCAGAAUAGUUCAUGGCAGCAAGUAGUUCCACCUGUUCGGACUUAUACAAAGGUUCAGAAAGCGGGGUCUGUUGGGAGGUCUAUUGAUGUGACAAGUUUUAAGAACUAUGAUGAACUAUGCUCUGCAAUUGAAUGCAUGUUUGGACUUGAAGGGCUGCUUAAUGACCCAAGAGGUUCAGGCUGGAAAUUGGUUUAUGUGGACUAUGAGAAUGACGUUCUCCUUGUUGGCGAUGAUCCUUGGGAGGAAUUUGUAGGGUGUGUUCGUUGCAUCAGAAUUCUUUCACCUUCAGAAGUUCAACAGAUGAGUGAAGAGGGAAUGAAGCUUCUUAACAGUGCCGCUGCAAUGCAAGGAAUCAAUGCAUGUGUUUCAGAAGGCGCUGGUGGCCGUGCUUGAGACAUGGUGGUUGUGUUUUUCAGAGCACUAAAUGUGUAUGGGUAAUAUCUCGUGUCAAUACGAUGUUGUUAGUUGAAGUGGGUACUAAUAUUGUAGGAGUUGGGGAUGAUGCUGUAUGACCAAACUGAUCCACAUUUAAUCAACAGGAUGUGAAUCUAAAUGAACAAAGUUUUUAAGCAGUGUUUAGAGCUCAUUAUUAUUAUUGAUAUUAAUCAUGGAAAUGUUUACAGCA